AUGGCCCUCGGCUUCGUGCAGCACUUUGAUGGGGACGCCAAUCGACAUGUUUGCGGCAGCAGCAGCUCACACACAAUGCGCCGCGGCGGAAGUCUGCCGCCGGACGUGACGUUGCCGCGGUCCCUGACACAUUCCCUUCCGCCUCGGGCAUUGCCGCGGGCGGCGGCGGCGGCGGGGGGGACAGGUACAGGGACGGGUCCGCGCUGCACAACCUGCCGGCGGGAGGCCCGGGUCGCCGAGCUCCUCCAGCCCCGGCCUGGAUGUGAGCGACCUCCAGGGGGCGGCGGGGCUGAAGCUGCAGCCGUCACAAUGAAGCCCAGUGAGCCCGACAUCUUGACCAGUGACCUGGUGCAGCUGAAUGUUCCGGUGAUCCAGCAAUCAUUUCACUGGGACUGUGGGCUUGCCUGCUCCAGGAUGGUGUUACAGUACCUCCACCCUGUGGGUGAAGAGGAGUUCCAGACUGCCUGCUGGAGACUGCAGUUCAGUGAAAGCGUCUGGACAAUUGACUUGGCUUACCUGAUGCAGCAGUUCGGUGUCAUGCACAGGUUCUGCACACAGACCCUAGGGGUGGACAAGGGCUAUCGAUACCAGUCGUUCUAUCGGAAGCAUUUCGACACGGAAGAGGACCGGGUAAAUCAGCUGUUUGCUUGCGCAGAAGCCAGUUGUGUUAAUGUGGAGAAGAGGUCAGUCACCAUUCAGGAGAUCCAGGAGCACCUGGCGCAGGGUCACGUGGUGGUGGUCCUGGUCAACGCCAUCCUACUGGUCUGUGAUCUCUGCUCCGCUCCGCUCAAGUUCUGCUGCCUCCUUCCCAUUGGACAGAAAUGCUUUUGCAGGAAGCCGGACUAUCAGGGACAUUUUAUUGUGGUGUGUGGCUACAACAGGAACUCAGGCUGCAUCUUCUACAACAACCCAGCAUAUGCUGACAGAGUCUGCUGUACAUCCGUGAGUAACUUCAACGAGGCCCGCCACAGCUACGGGACGGACGAGGAUGUUCUGUUUGUUUACAAGGACAGCUGAUUGCAGUGCGGCCCACAUGACCCUCGCUCUAAGAGCAUUCCAAGGAUGUAGGAACGUGGUGGUGCCUGCCUGCAUUGCACAAGUGUGCCCAAUUCCCACUGCUGCACAAUACCCAACACUGCUCCCCUCAUGGAUUGAAUGGGAUCUUUACAUGACCCUCUUUUGGAAGUUCCUUCUCUUCUAUUCAAAACGUGCCAAUGAAUCCCAGGACAUGGCACCGAGGAGAGUAACGACCCAUCUCGCCCGUGUCUCACCGCCUGCUUCAGCAUCGGGUUCCAUUGAUCCUGUGCCAUGCUGCUUACAAACCAAUGAGCUAAGUCGGUUUGAAAGGCCAGAAUCAAACCUAUUUCCUUGCUCUGUAAUCUUUCAUUCUGAGAAGGAAAUCUCUUGAGAACUAGUAAACACUGAUUUUGCAUGCUUGGAAUGCAGCUGCUUGCUUUGGGGGUUGUGGGGAAGGUAAAGACUGGUGGGUCCAGGUGUGAUGUGGUCGACAGAAUCUGUUGCUGGCUGCUGCGCUCGUCCUGUCCAGGUGACCUCUCGUUGGGCUGGCGCCCCUGUCACUGUUGCGUCAUACUCCGCAGCCACCGGAGUAACUAGUCAACAGGAAAACACUGCCCCUGUGUCAACCCUGUACACAUGAUGGAGAACUGCAGAGCCAUGGCCAUUGACAGCCCCCUGCUGAACAUGGCUGCCCAUCCAGAGCAGUCUCCGGUCCAGGCUACCAGGGUGUGAAGAGGAGGCAGUGAGUCUCACCUGGGACAGGGGCCCCUACGUCCUACACCUUUCUGGUAGAUAUAAAAUGCUUGAUAAGAUGCAUUCCCAUAUGUCCAAAUCAGUUCAGUAAAGAAUAUCUCCUUCCACUUCACAAAGAGAAGACAUAACCUGUGCCAUUCUCACCACCACUGUUGCGAUUCUGUCACAUUCCCCACCUGCCAGUCCUUGCCUCGUUUUGGCAGGUGCUGUUGUUGGCAGGUCCUGUCUAACCACUAACGUGACCUAGCCUUGUCAAGAGACACAGGAUACACCUUGAUUAAAAUGAUGGUUGUAGAUGAAUUUUUCAGAUUUGGUUCCAUGGCUGCAUUGAUGCCAUUUAUCCAAGAAACAUUUUCCUUUAUUAUUGUGAUUUAGUUUUUUGUUUAUAAUUACAUUUAUUUCACUGUCAAAAAAACACACUCCUGGAGGAACUCCGUGGGUUAGGCAGCAUCUGUGGAGGAAAUCUGUGGACAGAUGAUAUUUUGGGUCUCGACCCUUCUUCAGAUUCCUGACCCUAAAUGUUGCCUGUCCAUUUCUCUCCACAGAUGCUGACUAACCUGCUGAGUUCACCCAGCACUGUUUUUUUGAUCAAGAUUCCAGCAUCUCCAUCUUGUAUGUCUAUGUUUAUUUCAAUAUCGUGGGUUGAAUUAAAAGGUGAUUUGAUAAAUA